AUGAAGUUUAUCGGAAAUGUCGGCAAGUUUAGCUAUCAUGUUCGAGAGAAAGACAUUCAAAGAAUUUUUUUUAGCGGGUAUGGUAAAUUAUUAGAGAUCGACCUGAAAAAUGGGUACGGUUUUGUAGAGUUCGAAGACAUGCGAGGUGCAGACGAUGCAGUGUACGAACUGAAUGGAAAGGAGCUGUGUGGGGAGCGAGUCAUCACUGAGCAUGCCCGUGGACCGAGGGGAGACGGAUACGGCUAUGGAGGCCGCAGUGGUGGUUACAGCAGCUGGAAUCGCUCCGGCAGGGACAAGUACGGGCCACGUGUACGCACUGAACACCGCCUCAUUGUGGAGAACCUGUCCAGCAGGUGCAACUGGCAGGACCUCAAGAUCUCGCAGCAGGUGGCACUCUCACAGCCACAGCCACGAAGCAGAAGUUCUCACAGUUCCAGGUCUCACUCAUGGCUAGUCAAGCACCGGGCUCCCACCCUUUUAUUUCACUUUGGCAGUUCUCAGUCAUGCAGCAAGCACUGGUCUCACUCCAGGUCAGGACUGAAGUCACAGUCCAGGUCAAAGAGACAGUCUAGCCGCUCUAAAUCCCCAGGGAAGUCUCGCUCCCGCACCCGCAAAUCCAGUCCCUCUAAGUGCAAAAAGUCCCACUCUCAUUCAGACACUUGCAAGUCACGCUUCAAGAGUAGACCAAAGGUCAAAGUGGAACAUGAAUCCCGAAGAGGUUCCAAAGAGAAAUCUUCCAACAAGAAGUCUCAAAGCCGCUUGUGUUCCCAUUCAGAGAGAAGAAAUGCAAAACGUGCCUCAGAAUCUCCUCCUGGCACGGACUGUCAGCUCUCCUGCAUCCCGCUCCAGGUCUUGCUCUUGAUCCAGAUCAGCCUCUCAAGACUGACUGUUUCUUUAACAAACUUUAACAACUGAACAAAAUGUAGUGAUAAUACACAUCCCAGGCCUUUGUUUGAUGUGCUUUGAGAUGUUUACAGAUCAAAAAAUUAUUUGUACCUUUUGAUUUUUAGUUUUUCUGGAAAACGAUUAUCAGAAAUGUAUUAAAGGGAUUACUGAAGUUGUUGUAACUCUUUGGAUAACAGUAUUUCUUUUGUUUUCAUAAUUGUAACAUUUGAGAGGGAACAGGGGCAGAAGUUGCUUCAUAUUUUGAUAACAUAUAUGUACUAAAUCCAAAUAGAAAGAUAUAAAAGUGCAAACUAAUAUAAUUUGUAUGUUCUGUGAUGAUUGUUUUGACCUGUUUGCCUUUUAAAUCCCUGAUCUAUCUCCAGUGGGAAUUCCAUUUUGAAGCAAUCUGCAGCAUUUAUUUCUAAUGUCAUAUUGGAAUAAAAUAACACAUUUUAAGAA